CGCUAUGGUGUGCCAUUUUUUUGUCAAAUGCACGAUGACAACUGGAAUUUAAUGAUCCAAUCCGAGCCAAGACUUUACGCCAACUCGACCGAAAGGGUUAAUCGUGAAAUUAGCGUACAACGAUACUUUAGCACUCGACAAGUGGUGGUCCUGUCCCUCUGAGGGGUCGAAAGCUGUAUGAAGACUGGGCUGCUUGCCGGUCACCACCUGCUCCUGCACCGGGCCACCAUCAACCUGAACCUUUCCCCGAACUGGUCAACCUUCCAAGCCGUUCUCGUGCACCGCGCACCUCUGCGAGCCCAUGUACACAACUCUGCCCCCAAGUGUGCCGCCUUCCCACUCGAAGCACUCCACGACGAAGACAUCAUGUUUGGCAGGGCAGUCCAAGCAAAGGCCGCCGAGGCCAACAACAACAAUAACAAGUCGAAGCCCGGUGCUUCGUCAAUAAGCAACAACGCUUCCCUGAAGCAGCAACUCUUUCCUUCUAGCAGUCCCGCACGCGCCCCCUCAGUCGGCUCCCAGUCCAGGACAUCAUCCGUCGCCGACAUGUUCAAGAAGCCCGGGUUCGGUGGUACCUCUAGCGGUGCCAUUUCCGCCAGUUCAAGACCUUCAGCGACUACCGACCCGUUGACGACUCGACCCGCGAAUAGUGCUCCGCGACCACCUCCCAACUACGGCAGCAGCGGCAGUGGCAGAGCGUUUGCGUCGCUCUACAACGCUUCUGACUCCUUCAAUGAUACCCCAGAUGUGAUCGAAGUUUCCAUGCAAUCGACAAGGCGACCUCAGCAUGAUUUAACUUCGUCGGUAUACAUUGAGGAUGACGACUUCAGCGAUGACGAGAACCUCGAUUUGGACUUCGAAGCCCCAUCCGCCUUGCCAGUCCUCCCAACUGGGCGAAUAAGCCUCGAACAACAUCGGGAGUUGCAAAAGCAGCAGGAGGAGGAAGUGAAAGAAUCUCGGUUCCGCGAGCCCCCGUCAGGGACUCAUACCAGUGUUCUUUCUUGGCCGGAGUCGUCGCCAUCCCAUCUUCAACCCCCCAAGCGCGAGCUGAAUCCCCCUCCCAAUACCAACACGAAACACGCCCGCCUGCAAGACGACGACUUCGAUUUCGAACCGCCCGCCGCUGUGAAGAAACCAAAGCGCGAACUACCUUGGACGAUGGAAGCAGAAUCAAAGGAGGAGGACUGGAAACAUGCCGAAAAAUACCCACUAGAGAAGAGCGGAUAUGCUCCCACGCCGGAAUCGAAGCCCAAGGGGUCCAUGCUAUGGAACACUACGGCAAGCGCGGUCAAGGAACAGAAGAAGCAGCUCAAAGACAGGCAAAAGUCUUCCUCGGUCGCUCCCAAGACGGAAAUACCCAUGGACGAAAUCAAGAAGGUUGUUUCGUCCCAUCUUAGCAAGGCGUCAGCCAUUACAUUGAGCGGCGAGCAGCUUCACGUGAAGAGCUUGGUGGUAGAAAAGGGGCAGAGUGUCUUCUUCACAGGUCCGGCUGGCACAGGAAAGUCGGUGCUGAUGAGAGCGAUCAUUUCAGAACUCAAAAAGAAGUUUGCUCGGGAGCCGGAAAGAGUAGCGGUUACAGCUUCGACCGGCCUUGCAGCGUGUAAUAUUGGCGGCAUGACAUUGCACAGCUUCGCUGGCAUCGGUCUCGGCAAGGAGGAUAUCCAAACGCUCGUCAAGAAAAUCAGGCGCAAUCAAAAGGCCAAAACCCGAUGGCUCAAGACCAAGGUUCUCAUCAUCGAUGAGAUUUCCAUGGUUGACGGUGAGCUUUUUGAUAAGCUGUCCCAAAUCGGUAGAAUUAUCCGCAACAAUGGCAGGCCUUGGGGUGGUAUUCAGCUGGUCAUCACUGGUGAUUUCUUCCAGCUGCCUCCUGUACUGGACAAAGAUCUGAACAAGCAGAGGGAUGUCAAGUUUGCCUUUGAUGCAGCAACAUGGAACAUGUCCAUCGACCAUACCAUUGGGUUGACUGAAGUGUUCCGUCAGAGAGAUCCUGAAUUUGCAGAGAUGCUCAACGAGAUGCGGUUGGGAAGGAUCAGUGACAGGACCGUCAAAAAUUUCCAACAACUUAGCAGACCUCUAGCCUUUGAUGACGGGCUUGAAGUAACAGAACUGUUCCCGACGAGAAAUGAAGUCGAGAAUUCGAACAGACAACGACUCGCUGCCUUGAAGGGCAAAAUCUACCGCUACGAAGCGUACGAUACCGGUGAGCCGGCGGUCCGCGAAAAACUUCUUGCCAACAUGAUGGCUCCUCCCGUAAUAGAGUUAAAGAAGGAUGCCCAGGUCAUGCUCAUCAAGAAUAUGGACGAGACGCUCGUGAACGGUUCCCUCGGGACUGUCGUUGGUUUCAUGAACGAAGCAACAUUUGAGCUGAAAGCUGGCAGUGACUUUGACGACGAUGAGGAUCUGGACAAGAAGAGAAGAAUCAAGGCCUUCACCAGCGCGCUUUCCAAUGCAGCUAUUGAGAAAGGCGACAACACAGAGUAUCCGUUGGUGCGAUUCCACGCCGUCGAUGGGACCAGGAGAGACAUCCUGUGUCAGCCGGAGGACUGGAAGGUGGAACUUCCUACUGGCGAGGUCCAGGCUUCUCGAAAGCAGCUUCCCCUGAUUCUUGCAUGGGCUCUGUCGAUCCAUAAAGCGCAGGGCCAAACGCUUGAACGCGUCAAGGUCGACCUCGGCAGGGUUUUUGAAAAGGGACAGGCAUACGUCGCGCUCAGUAGAGCUACCACGCAGCAGGGUCUGCAGGUGCUCCGCUUCCAGAAGGACAAGGUCAUGGCGCACCCGAGGGUCGUCAGCUUCUACAACAAGCUUUACAGCGCCGAGUCGGCAGUGAUGAAACGAACGAAGGUGGACCAGUCCAUCACCAAGUUUGCGUACAAGACUCCAUCUGUCGCCCAGGCUAUUACAAAGCAGCAGCAGCAGAGAAGAGAGGUGAUUGACAUCGAGGACGAAGAGGAGAGGAUGGCAGGAUAUGGUUGAUGGUCGACUUUAGCGAAUAAGGUUAAUAAAACAAGAUGGAAGGGACAUGAUUAUGGCAGCAUCAGGCGGUGUUAUGGUUGAGUUGACUGUUAUUUUGGGUGGCGUCAAGGUCGUUGAGCCGAGGAUUGGCUUUGGUUUAUGUAUCGGUAAGGUGGACAUAUUCAGGGAAAAAGGUUGCCCCAGGUGAGCUGGUACUUUGGGGGCUGGGACAACCACUCACAGCCCAUAGACCUAGAUGGUCUCGAAUGAACGGAAGUGUGCGGACAGCAGCAGAUAGCAAGCCGGCAGAUAUCGGAUCAUGGCGAGGUAUAUCUCCUCUCCGUCAUCCCCAAUUGUCAAAAAAAAAAAAAAAUUGUUGUAGGAAAGAUCAGCAGGCACAUAUAGCGGUACCUGUAGAUCUAGGCUCGCGUGGCAUUAUCCCUCUACUUAGAGACAACCUCUUUAGACAUUUUGCCAA